AUGGAGACGGGGAAAGCGGGCUCAAUUCUCGAAGGUGGACACCGGAAGCAUAGGCAAAAGUCUAUCUCGAUUCUUGAAGGCGGAGGUUGGUAUCGAUUCUCGAAGGCAGAAGCUGGGGGCGGAGGACGAAGGCGAAGGUCGGUCUCGAUCAUCGAAGGCAGACAGAGGCGGAGCGCCACCUGGGUUACGGCGCUGCGCGGUGCGGGGCUCACUGGCCUUCAACGCACCGACACCUGCCGAAGCUGGCCGAGCGACACGUGGAAUACAUGCUCGGGGGUGGUUCGCCAUCAUACUGCGCCGUACUCACCACAACAAAACGGCGUCGUGGAGAGGCGGAAUCAGACCGUCGUGGGCAUGGCCCGAAGUAUGAUGAAGGCAAAGGGCAUACCAGUGGAGUUCUGGGGAGAGGCCGUGAGUACGGCGGUGUUCAUCCUCAACCGUGCGCCCACGAAGGCCCUGAAGGGCAUGACACCAUUCGAAGCUUGGCAUGGCAGGCAGCCCGACGUCUCGUUUCUGAGGACGUUCGGGUGCAUUGGCCAUGUGAAGAAAACGAAGCCCUUCAUGUCCAAGCUUGAGGAUAGGAGCACACCGAUGGUGUUCCUAGGCUACGAAGAGGGGAGCAAGGCCUAUCGGCUCUACGAUCCACGUGGAGGCAAGGUGGUGGUCUCGCGGGAUGUGGUGUUCGACGAAAUGGCGGCCUGGGAUUGGGAGAAUCCAGGCACGGGGGAAGCCCGUGGUGUCGGCGGUACGUUUGUCAUCGAGCAUUUGGUGAUCCACGGAGGAGGAGAUGCGGGAUCAGAGGAGCCAGCUGCGGACGCACCAAGUCCAGCAACUGUGGUUACGUCAGUUGAGCCGCAAAGUCCGGCCAUGGGCACGGGCGAAGAGUCUCCACCAGCAGCUGCACACACGGCCCCACCACAGUCCCCUGCUGCGGCAGGACAGGGGACACCUCCAGCGACGACAGUUGAGUUCACCUCUCCUCCAAGCAACAUCGACGAGUAUGUGGAUGCUUUCCACGACGGUGAGGAGGUGAGGUUUCGCAGGAUGGACAACCUCGUUGGCAACUCGGUUGUACCAGGCUUGGCAAGCCGAUUACUCGACGAUCAGGAGCUACUCCUCGUCAGCGCAGAGGAGCCAUCGACUUUCGCGCAGGCCGAGCGCGAUGUCAGUUGGAGACGAGCUAUGCUAGAGGAGAUGAAGGCGAUCGAGGAAAAUGAGACGUGGGAGCUCGUCGAUCCACCUCCAGGCUGUCAUCCAAUCGGGCUCAAAUGGGUCUACAAGGUCAAGCGGGACGAGAGUGGCGCCAUUGUCAAGCAUAAGGCGCGCCUCGUUGCUCGCGGUUUCGUCCAGCGUGAGGGCAUCGACUUUGAGGAAGUUUUUGCACCAGUGGCACGCAUGGAGUCAGUUCGCCUACUGCUGGCCAUGGCAGCAGCGAAGGACUGGCGCAUUCAUCACCUGGACGUGAAAUCGGCCUUCCUCAACGAGACUGUCUUCGUCAAGCAAGCGUCGGGCUUCGCCGUUAAGGGAGAGGAGCACAAGGUGUUGCGGCUGCGGAAGGCACUAUAUGAGCUGCGUCAAGCCCCACGAGCGUGGAACGCCAAACUCGAUGCCACCCUGGGUACGCUUGGGUUCACGCGCUGCGCGACAGAACAUGCGCUUUACACGCGACGACGGGGGAAGGAGGAGCUCGUCGUCGGCGUGUAUGUGGAUGACUUGAUCAUCACUGGGGCACGAGAAGGGGACAUCAACGGCUUCAAGCGCGAGAUGGCAGCUC